AUGUGCGGCAGCGACAUCUUCCUCGGCCUCAUCGCCCUCCUCUUCCCACCCCUCCCCGUCUGGGUCAAACGUGGCAUCUGCUCCGCGGACUCCCUCAUCAACCUCGCCCUCUGCUGCCUCGGCGUUCUCCCAGGCCUAUUGCACGCCUGGUACAUCAUCGCCACCACCCCAGAACCCACCUACACCCAACUCCCACAGGACGCCGAGCAAGGGCACGUCACAUACUACUACGUGCAAGCGCAGCCGCAGUACAGACGGCCGAGCAGCGCGCAGCAGGGCAAGCCGCAGGGGUAUGGUACUGUGAGCAAUGCGCCAAACGCGCAGUUCCCGGCGGGGCAGCAGGGACAGCAGGGGUUUGUGCAGCCGCAGCAGCAGCAGGCGGGGCCGAGUGAUGGGGAGGUGCCGCCGACGUAUCAGCAGGCGGUUGGGGACCAUAAGGUGCAGCACCCGUGA